CACUGCCGUAUUAUCUAGAUAACUGAGCAAAACAAUAAUUAUAUUCAAAACACGACUCCGAAUACACAAUUUCCUUCUUUAAAAAAUCACAAAUAAAAAUACGACCGACGUUAGUAAAUAUAUAUACUCCUAUGACAGUAAUAGACAUAAUGAAGAAAACAAUAAAUAAAGAUUUACCUGGAACUCGGCCUUCAUCAAGUGUAAUGGACAGUAAAUUAGUCGAUUUAUCCUCAAAAUAUUUACCAGAACUUCUAGAAUUACGUGACCGUCAAUUAAAAUUACUAAAUAACAAAUUGUUUAUUGAUAAGCUACCAGAUAAAGGAUUAAAGAUUCGUUCUUUAUACAAUAAAAUAGAAAAUGAAAUAAAAUUAAAACAAGAUGAGGAACAAGCAUGUUGUCUGUUCAGCAAAAUGAAUUUAGAUACAAUUGAUAAAAGUUCUAUGCAAGACAUUGAGUGGAAAGGGAAAGUAGCUCAUUAUAAUAAUGAUACUUAUUUAGAUUCCGAUGAUGACAGUGAACCUGAAGAUGUUUUAAGUAUUUUAAGCCAAAAUACAGCUGAUAAGAAAAUAGUUAAAAUUAUAAGGCCAGAGGAACCUUUAAUAACUACUGAAGAUCUCCUUAACAUAGAAGAAGUACCACAUGUUAAAUAUAUAGUCCAAAUAACUGAGAAAAAUAAUAAACUUAAACCGUAUGCUCAGUUCAAGCCAUAUAAAACAACAAAGUCUGAUGUUCAUAAACCAGAAAAAGAAAUUCAGCGGAAAAAACAUAAAAAUUGGGAAAUAACAUCUGCUACACCACCUCCAAUAGUUCAUGGUCCAGCAAAAGUUCUGUCUAUUGAGGAAUCUCUAAAGCUUCAACAAGAAUAUAAUAUGCAUUUAAAGGCAAUUGAAGCCCAGCAUGCUGCUGAAAAGUUAUUUGCAAAAGCUGGUGUCAAAAUGCCUGAAUUACCUAAAGACAUUUCUAAGUUUGGAGACUAUAGAUCUAAAAUGGACAGUGAUGAUUCUGGAUCAGAAUCAUAUACUGAAGGGAGUGACAAAGAAGUUCAUGAUGAGGAACCAGAAAGAGGCGGUGUCAUAUUUACAGUUAUGAAAUGAUUGUGGUAAAUAAUUAUGGAAUUGAUUUAAUGAAGAAUCUUGUGUAAAUAUUCACACACGAAGGAAAGUGUAAAGUGUUUGCCUAACAGAGCUACAUAGGAAAAUAUAUUUAAAAUAAACAUGUCUGUUACUUAAA